GAGGUUAUAGGUAAUACCAAAAAAUAUAUAAAUUUUGUGUAACAACAUAAAAUCUAGUUCUAAAUUGUGAUGAUUCUUUAAAAUGGCUCAAUUAAUGAGAUCAUUUGCCUUAAAACCAAAACACGUAAUCGCAAGAUUAUACAACAAGAUUGUAAUAACGGAUGAUGGAUCAACUAUAGUAGCAUUGCACAGGGAACAAGAAUUUCCCUAUGAAUGUUCCAAACCUCUGCCAGAUGAAGUGCACGAGGAUAAAUCUGUACUCCGUAUGACGGAUUAUAAUGAAGUUAAAAGAGUUUUCAAAGAGAUGAAACCAGAAUUUGCAAGACAGCAAUUAUCUUCAAUGACUCUCACAACACCUCAUCGUUGGUUCCCAAGAGCUAGAGACAAGAAGGCCAAAAAGAAUGAAAUGAAUAGACCUUAUUUAUAAACUUUUAGUAAAGUAUUGUUUGUAGUAUAAUAAUUAGUUUGUAAUAAAGUAAAACCUUUGUUUCUUUUUAUGUAA